UUUCUUAAAAGCAAGGGAAAGCACUCUAAAAACUUUCCUUAGCACUGUAAAAACAAAUGCAAUUAUACCGUCUAGAAACACAACGUUAUAUUUUUUUAGUUCAAACCCAGGAGUAGAUUAGAUUGUAGUCUAUGGCUUGAUCAAGCAUCUAGAAUCUACAUCUAUCAACCAUUGAACCAUGGCUAACUCUUCCAGAUUUAGCCGUUCAAAUCAUAAAAGAAGCUGUCAAGAGCUGGAAGACAGUGAUGAAUGCUUGCCCAUUUCUAAACGGAUCAAUUCUCUCCAUAUAGAAGGACAAUCAAAUAUAGUAAUUCCACAGUUGCAGGAUAGACAUGGUGCUAAUGAAUUUGAUGGUUUUUCUAAAAAUGGAGCCGGGUCAGGUUCACUUUCACUGAGGGAGGCUUCCAUACAGCAGAACUUUCCACAGUCUCACAACCUCGAAUAUGCCAAUGGACGCAAUAUCCAUGAUGUUCAUGACAUGAACAGUGUAGGUAGUGUCAAUAAUCAUGGCCAAAGUUUUCCAGCACCUUUAGGUGACUCUGUCUUCAGUCAUCAACAUCCAAGCACUUCUAGUCAAAGCCACACUCAUGAGUCAUUUCUCAACAACAAUGGUUCUCACCAGCUCUCCCAUCAUCAGGUCGGGGCUGGUGAAAUACAGCAUCUUGCAUACAAUGGCUACACACCUUCUAAAGCCUCACUCAAUGGAGCUAACUCACCGGCUCUACAGGGCAAUGAUUCACCAUUUCACGCUCUUAACAGUGCACAAAAUCCAUUUUUUCAUAGUGUUUCAACUGAUCUUCAGAACUCUUUCCAAAAUGUUCAAAACAAUGAUGGAAACCAAAGCUUAUCGUUUCACAAUCAGUCUCCAGAUCUUGACUUCCACCUACAGCAGCUGCCUUCAGGGAACUAUGAUCCAGAAUUGGAUCUUACAAAGAAUCCAUAUUACUUCUCCAUCAACCAAAUGCUUUAUGAGGCACAUGUUUCUCGUGUCAGAAGAGAUAACAGAUUUUCUGAAGACUCUUAAAUUGAGCUAUACUUUGAGCCUACUUAUGUGAUGUUUAUUUCUUACAGAAUAACUCAUCAAGUCCCUUAGUAGCUAAAAUGGAGAAAAAUAUUUUGUUUAGUGGCAACACGUAUGACAUGAAUAGAUUUUAGUGGCAGAAUAUUUUAAUGGCAAUUUUUAUAAUUUUAGAUAUCCAGCAAUAGGCAUAUUUUAAUAUUUUUCAUAAAGUAUUUUAGCGAAUAUAAAUUUAAGCUAAAACUUUAAAUACUUAAUAUACAUGAAUAGCAUAAAAAAACAGUAUACAUAAGUUUCAAUUAUCCUAACAAUAAAAAAAGAUAAUACUAACAAACAAUUCAAACUACACUUGUAAUUACAGGUGGCAUUUAAAGCGUACUUAUAGUGGUAAAUACUAAGAGUUCAACUGUCAUUUUAGUGUUGAGGUCAUCAUAAACUGUCAUUAUUAUUUCAAUGAAAGUGAAAAAAAAAAGACUUUUGAAUGAAAAAUUUAAAUUGACUAAUAGAAUGAUAACUAAUGUAUCAGGGAAUAAUCAUUCAAAAAUAUAUUUUUGAGUUUCUGUUUUAGUUUGGAAUAACAUGUGAACACAAUUAAAAUUGAGUAAUUAAUUACCUGAAGUUAUAUAAUUGAUUUAUAGAUUAAGGCUUUGGUUUCUGGGAUAAACUAGAUUGUAAAAACAACAUGUUACCUACUUUUUAAAUAAAAGCAUAAGAGUAUAUAGUAAAAUGCAUAGUGUACAUUACAUAGGUUUAGAUUAUAUAGUUGAUUAAAAAAACAACCAAAGAAAACACAGCCUUUUUUAAUGUUAUAUAUGAUUUUAUUUACGGCUAUGAUGUAUGGGCCAUCUAUCUGUAUAUAUAAAUUUCAUUUAUUUAAAAUGAAAUUAUAAAUAAAGAAAAAUAAUUUUAAUUUGUUAACAGGCGACAGAAUAGUUUGGUGAAUUUUAGUUCAAAGUUAGACAUGAGAUUUGUAUAUGAGAAAAUCUUUAAUACCUGCAUGACAUCAUGAUAUGAAAACAGAUUGGUUGGAUUUCUAUUUCCUUAUUUGAAUUUGUCCUUUCAACUUAUUUUUUGCUAGUGGAUAUUAUUUUUUUUUUUACCAAUCUACAUAAUGAUAUAAAUUUACAGUUUAAAUUUAUAAGUUAACAUCUCAGUCCACAUUUGUGUUACCUUGAGUGCAUUUUUAAUAUACUGCAAUCAUAUCAAAGAAAGCUAUUAUAGUUGCAUAACUUUUUACGCAGUUAUCCUCCUGAGUUCACAUUUCAGGUCACCAUUUUUAUUAAUUGAAUAAAAAAAUUGUUUUUCAUCUUCUUCAAAAUGUGUUGAUAGAGAAAGAAAACUCAUUAACUGCAUUUAGAAGACUAGAUAUCUGAUCCAAUCCAAUUUGAUUUAAACAUCAGACAUUGUUUGUAUUGUAUUUCUCAAGAAAGCAGAAAUAUUGAACUUCAUUAAUUACUUAAUAUGAAACAUAAACAUCUCAAUUUACCUUACCUUUGGAAGUAAUGAGGAUUUUUAAAAUUACUUUAAAAAAAAGUAUUUUAAAAUUGUUUCUUUAAUUCUUUUACAAAUGUGUGUUCUUCUGUUUGUAAUGAAAGAAAAUUGCUUUUAUUUAUUUAGUGUGGACUCAAUUAAAAGAAAACAAAACCUUUGUCCCAGUGUGAUUAAAUCAACCUUUUUUUUUAAUGUAAAUUUAAAAUUGUAGUGAUAUCUUAAAAGAUUAAGUGAACUCAGCUUUUAAAUGGUCAAAAGUUUUUGAUUUUGAUCAAAAUAUAACCUUUUUUGGCAAACAUUUAUUUAAUUGAAAUAACAAUGUAUAAAGGCAUGAACAAUGAAAAUAAUUCAAUAUAUUUAUUCUCUUAUUCAGAUUUUCAGGAUCAAAAGGUUUAACGAAAUCCAAAAAUUAAAACAAUUCAUCAUGGCUUUCCUGUUUGUUGCAACAUCUUUUUCUUCUCUCUCUGGAAAGUGUGUUGAAAGUAUUGUAACAUGUCAGGACUUUUCUAUGUUGGUAAAUUAUUUAGAAAUAUGUAGAAAAGCGAAGACCAAAACAAUAACCCAAAAAAAUGAACUGUACAAUAUUUUUGUUUUGUUAGACAUUUAUUACUAUUGUUUGAAACAUUUUGUUAUAAUUUUAACUUGACAUGUAAAUGUCAUGAAUGACACAAAAAUGUCAACUACAUUUAUUUUGUUAAGCACUUUUACUUACAGCUUUUACUUAGUAGUCUCCCUUUUCAGAUUGAUUUGACCAACAAGUAGUUGGUGGAAAGUAUUGAUACAAAAAACCUAGGCUUUUAAAGAUUACAGCGACUCAUCAACAAUUCUUUACUAUCAAUUAAUAAGAAGUAUAAAUAGAAUUAACAAAUAAGAAACAGAGUAAAAUAAACAAAAGCUUUAGCUGGUUAAAAAAAAUUUGUCGAAAAAUGUCAUGUGACAUACAAUGAUUGGUUUCUAUUAUUUAUUUAUUUAUUUAAUUAUUUAUUUGGCAGUAUUUGAACAAUAUCUUAGACAUAAUUAUGUUAAUGAAUUAAAUAAAUUUCACUUCUGUGAUACCCACAACUUGA